AUGGAAACUCAUACAUUAGCUUGGGAUGUUGACUUGGUGCAUGAUAUGUUUAAUGAAAGGGAUGCUAACUUAAUUCUUAGUAUUUCCUUGUCUUCAAGUCGUUUAUGUGAUGUUUGGUAUUGGAGUUGGGAGAGCUCAAGCCAUUUCUCAGUAAAAUCAAUUUAUAAGUUCAUAGAAUUGAGCAGAGAGUUGGGUGCACAGGAUGAUGAUUCCGUCUUUUGGAAUACUCUUUGGAAGCUAAGUGUUCCUCCGAAAGUGAAAGACUUGUUAUGGCGUGCUGCUACUAACUGUCUACCUACGGAAUCCAGACUUCGUUCUAAACAUGUGCCUAUUGAUACCAUCUGCCCUGUGUGCAAAGUAACUGAUGAAAUCAUCUACCAUUGCUUGGUGGAUUGUUCUUUUUCCAAAGCGUGUUGGCAACAGUUGGCUGCUAGUGUUAAUUUGACGGCAGUUGGUUCUUUUGCCAACUGGUUUGCUACGGUUCUACAACAGGCGGAUAAGGAGAAAAGGAGGUUGAUCGCAAUGACAUCUCAAGCUUUACUCGCAUAUUGGACUCAGACUCUAGAUUCAAAAUUUAAUCCUACGGAUGCAUUCCUUACUGUUGUCGAUGGUGCUGAAACUUGGGCCAAACCAGCUGAAAACACCUUGAAGAUUAAUGUUGAUGCUGCCAUUUUUUUUUUUGGAAGUGCAACUUAUAGCUUUGCAGGGGUGUUUAGGGAUGAAACUGGCGCAUUGGAGCUUUUACCUGCUGUCGGUCAGGGGUGUUGCAACCCAAAAUGGUGGAAGCUUUGGGUGUUAAGGAGGCACUGA